UCUCAAUCUUCUCUUCCCUCUAUCUCUCCUCCCAAUAUUGUUCUACACCGACUAGCUACCAGCUAUUUUAGAAAGGUUAAGAAGUAAAUCUUGGACAAUCUUGUUUCGCAAUGGCAACCAAGGAAGAGGCUUUAUACAAGCCUUACGAUCAAUUCAUCCUCUUUGGGGAUUCAAUCACCCAGAUGUCCAGUGACCCCCACAUGGGGUUUGGGCUAUUCGCAGCACUGCAGGAUGCUUACAGUCGACGCCUGGAUGUGAUCAACCGUGGGUUUGGUGGCUAUACCUCUGGUCAUGCCAUCAAAGUCUUUCCCAAGUUCUUUCCCACCCCGGAACAAGCCACAGUGCGGUUCAUGACUAUCUUCUUUGGAGCCAACGACGCGUGUCUCCCCGGCAGCCCCCAGCAUCUCCCAUUGGACGUGUAUAAAGAGAAUCUAACUCGCAUCAUCCAACAUCCUGCAACAGUGGCCCAAAAUCCACAUAUCCUCCUGCUGACUCCACCUCCUGUAAACGAAUACCAAUUACAGGGGUUUGACGAGUCCAAGGGAAAUGCCCAUCCCAGCCGAACCGCCGCUUUUACUAAACAGUAUGCGGAGGCAGUUCGCGAAGUUGGCGCCUCUCUCGACAUCCCUGUAGUGGAUGUAUGGAAGGCGUUCAUGUCUGCCGUUGGUUGGAAGGAGGGUGAGCCACUGCCGGGCUCAAGAGAUUUGCCAAAAUUGGAUCAAUUUGCGCGAUUUUUCACUGAUGGGCUACAUUUGACGGCGGAUGGGUAUCGGGUAGUGUUUGAUGCGAUUAUGGAAACGAUCCGAGCAAAGUGGCCAGAGGAAGAACCUACUGCAAUGGAUAUGGUUCAUCCCGCAUGGACGGAGGCGCCAAGGUAGAGAGCGACGGAUAUGUAAUGGCAACGGGUGGGGAUCCGCACGGAUCGAUAGUUUACCACGUUCUAUAGAAUGGAAAGACUAAAUUUUUUCUAUAAAUUUCCCAGAGCUCCUAGAAUGUAGUAUAAGUUCAAAGGGUUGACUGUUAUUGCCUAUUCCUUACAGUUAGUGAAGGUGUGCAAACAAAAGCGGUCUAGAAUCGGCUCCAAGUCCAAACUCCGUCGGAGACAAAAGAAACUCAGACUAAGCCCAAGAUAGAAAGUGACGGCCGUUGCAUUGA